GUUGUGACGCCUGUUAUUUUCGUUCACUAUUAAUCAACAGCUUGUUUGAAGAAGUUAAGAACUGACUUAUAAGUCUGAAAUAAGUAAAAGAGAAGCCAUAGCAGGAGCUGAAGAUGAGUGGCCGAAACCCGAAUGACGACAGUAAAGAAUUUAGAAAUAAAUUUGAGAAAAUGGAAGCAAAGUUAAAAGAAUACAUGGUUGAAACCGAUCAGUUGAAAAACAAAGUGGUAAGGCAGGAAAACGACUUGAACAGAUACAUGGCUAAAACUGAUGAGCUUGAAAAAUCUCGAAAUAAGCUGUACAUUGGUCAGUUGUGUGCGAAUGUGAUGGAAGCAAUAUAUUGGGAAGUCUUGCCAGUUUACUUUAAGAAAGGAAAUGAUUACAAACAGCCACAUCUCAGAUAUAUUGAUAAAGACAUUGAACAGCUGUGUGAAACUAGAGACGAUCAAAAAGAAGCUCAAGAAAGGUGGACGAAAUUGCAAGCUGACAAGAUUGAUCCAGAUGAAAAAAAGGUUAAGAAGUUAGUUGAAUUCAUGGAAAACAAGUUGAAAGAGAGGAACAUAGAGGCCCAUCCUUGUCCAUUGAACGAAGAAGAAUUACAGGAUAUUGCAAGUAAUUUACCAGUUCAGGAUCAGCCACUUUUUAAAAAGGCGAUGCAAUUACAUUUUCACACACUUAGUUGCCAUGGCAUUGAGUGAAAGAAACAAACUUUCAGCUCUUAUCUUGAUACUGCAGUCAGGAGUCAUGUAUAUGAAUUUUAUACUUGUUUUCUCUGACUUUUUUUAAUGUUUGCGUAUCACUCAAUUGACGAAUCGUUGUCGG